AUGGCUAUGGCAUUGCGAUCGCAAACCCCUAUACAGGACCCAUUCGCACCAUCUUCACACCUUCCCGACACACUUGCCCCAGGUCGCAGUUACGGCACACGAUCAGGCUCGCGGCCCAACUCUUACGCCGGUAGUACUUCUGGAUUUAACGGCGCCCACGCUGCUGUUGAUCCCUCACCACUCACCAAUUACGGGCGCUUCCACGAGGAAAUGGACGCCAUGAGUAUGCGCGGCCCUGCAGAAGGGCCAUCAAGCAUCCAACGGUCACAGUCUGUGAUGUCUCACUCGCGUGCCGCCACGCCAACCCGAUCCGGCACUCUGAAAAAGAAGUCAUCCCUGAGUAAAAGGGGCAGUUUGCGCCGCAGCGGAAGUCGCAGGAGUAUGCGCGCCGGCAGUGUGCGAAGUUUGGCUCUCGGCGACAGAGAGAAGUAUGCAGUGGAUGGCGAGGAAGACGUCAACAGCGCUUUCUACAUUCCCGUUCCGACCAGCGGCAAUCCGACGGAGGUUCUGGCAGAGCGCUUUCAGGCUUGGCGCAAGGUCCUUAAGGAUCUAAUUGUGUUUUUCAAGGAGCUUCAGAAGUCAUAUGAAGCGCGCGCGAAGCUCUAUCUUUCUACAACUAACAUCAUGAACAACACGACGCUUCCCUCGACAUUUCUCAAAUCAGGCGGUCUUGGCGAUGCGAAUGAAAUUCUGACGGAUUUCCAUCGGCAAGCGCACUUUGAGAUGAACAAAGCUGCAGAGGUGGAGAGUGAAGUUAUCAACCAGCUAGUAGGGCUCCGAAACGACCUACAAAAGAAGACCAAGGAGAUCAAGGCGCUAUCCGGGGACUUCAAAAACUCUGUCGAUAAGGAAGUCGAUAGCACUCGAAAGUCGGUUCGACAUUUGCAAGAGGCAUUGGGGCUGGUUGAUACAGACCCAUCCGCUACGUCUGGCAAGGGUGACCCCUUCAUUGUGCGCCUUACCGUCGAGAAGCAGAUUGAAAAGCAAAUUGAGGAGGAAAACUACCUUCAUCGGGCUUACCUGAACCUUGAGAGCUCUGGCCGUGAGCUCGAAUCUAUCGUGGUGAGCGAGAUUCAGAAGGCUUACAAUGCCUAUGCUGGUAUCAUGAAGCGAGAAGCAGAACAGACGCUUGAUACGGUAGACAAACUUCGCGCAGGCCCGAUCUCAAUGCCACACGACCAUGAAUGGAAUUCAUUUGUCGCAAACACGGACGAAAUGGUGGACCCGCGCAUCCGAAUCCGUGACGUUGACAGUAUCACGUACCCUGGUAAGGAGCAUCCGGCGGCUGCGGAAGUAAGGUCAGGAAUGCUGGAGCGCAAGAGCAAGUAUCUUAAGAGUUACGCUCCUGGAUGGUAUGUUCUGUCACCAACUCAUCUCCAUGAGUUUAAGUCGGCCGAUAGAGUUGCCUGGCAGACGCCGGUGAUGUCGUUGUACCUCCCGGAACAGAAGCUCGGAUCGCACUCGCAGCCGGACUCGACGUCGCACAAAUUCAUGUUGAAAGGACGACAGACGGGAACUAUGCACCGCGGUCACUCGUGGGUGUUCCGGGCCGAGUCUUACGAGACAAUGAUGGCCUGGUACGAGGAUAUCGAGCGGAUGAUCAACAUGACUGGAGAGGCUCGGAAUGCGUACGUCAGGCGACAUGUACGUACCGUCAGUGGUGCUAGUUUCCGGAGCAGCAGUGACGGAGUAAUGGAUGAAGACGAAGCAGAUCGAACCCCCUACUCUGCCGGAUCAGUAGUGAUUCCGCAGGAGCGCCCAACGUCCCAGCGACAGCCAGGUGGCAAGUUCCCUAGUGAUGUGAACAUCGACCGUCACUUACACGCGCCAUUGUCCCCUUCAAGCGGAGAGAGCUCGGGAGAGAAGGAUUUGCUGGCGGCAGCAGGAUCGUUGCCCGAUGGUGCCCACUUUGCCGGCACAGGCGACCGCUUCUACCCUGACCGAGAUGUGAAUUCAAUUCAACACUCGAACCAAAGCCGAUCUGCAAGUGCAGCUGGGGCGCCCCGGUUUCCCAUUGACGGAUACGAUCAUCCCUCUGAGAAAUGGAUGACCACAUCUGAUUCUUUCAACCGCCACAGCCAGCAGUUUCCCCAACAGACGCCUGCCUCCAUAAACAACCAGACAGCUUUCAACUCCAACAAUGCGGACACCACAAACUCCAUCUUUGUUGCUGGACUCGGCUCUACUUCUGCCCAGGACCAGGCGGCGGCUCGCCAGCGGAACCGCGGUGAAACCACAUCAACUGCUUUUACAAACACCAACGUGACAGACUACACGCACAGCACUGCUAACACCAUGCCAACGUCCGUUGAAGAGGAAUCUGACGAUGACCUCGAAUCCGUGAAGCAGACCCCUCGAACGUCGAUCCCCAACAGCAUGCGCAACUCGCUGGACAUUCCCAAGAGGCCCAGCGCGCAAACCCAGAACAGCAUCUCAACCAUUGAGUUGCACAUUCCCGGGCAUUACCCGCCUCAGCAAGCGGCUGCAUAA